AAGUGCUAAGUGCCAUAUGAGGUCUGAAAAUGAAAGUGAAAGCUAUUGGAAGCCGUCUCAUCUACAUGUUUAUUUUACUCUAAAGUAGAGUCGUUGUUCUAUAAGACACCAAGAAUGGAGGAUGGAGAGAAUCACAAGACCCAGAAGAUAUUAAACCUCACCCUGGAGAUCAUCUACCUGCUGACUGGAGAGGAUUAUAUCGUCAUCAAGAAGACACUGGAGACAAAUAUGGCGCCCAACUGCCUCGCCCUUGUCCCAGGAGGAUGGAACAGAAGCCAAGGUCUCAUAAUGGAGCCUCCACCUCACUGUCUUGCAUUGGAAAGAGAUAAUGACAAGAAGAUUCUAGAAGUCACCCAGAAGAUCAUUGAGCUGCUGACAGGAGAGGCACAGAGCCAUGGAGAAGAACAUGGGGACCGUAAGAAGGAUUUUGUAAUGGAGUGCUGGAAGGCCCCCAAGUCUCCAGAUUCCCUAGGAAGACUCGCCCAUUUCAAUGCACCAUCACUGGACCUUCUGAAAGACCUCAGAACGCUCCACCCCACCGUUGCCAAAUCCUGCUCAGCGCAGGAACUUGAUACGGCACACUCUCCAGAGAAGAACGCACUCUGUAGACCCGUUGACUUCUCCAAAGCAGUGUAUCAUGUUCAAACUACAUCUCCUAAUGUUAAAGGGAAAAUGGCCGUACCAGUAGAAGACACGGACUUAGAUUGUGGGCAUCAGACGUCUCUUGGUGUUAAGGAGUCAGCCUUGUGUAACGAGGAAGGACUAGCUCUACCCACUCACCGCUCAACAUCUGGUCAUGUUAAGGAGGAGCCCUCUUCAUCUGAUGAAGAGAACCUCUCAAACGGGGAAGCCAUAUCUGUUAUAGUUAAGGAGGAACCAGAUUCAGGUGAUGAAGAGCACCUACCAACCGAAGAGCAGUCCCAAACAUGGACAGGAAAAAGUGGCUUGCCUGACCAUAGUAAGUGCUACAUAUGUAACCAGGACCUCUCUCCACAAGAAAUGGUCUAUAUUGCAGGAGAACUCUACCCGUACACCACAUGUGGGACAUGCUUCACAGACAACGCCCAGGUUAUGAUGCACCGGACCACGCACGUGGUCGACAAGUGCUAUUCUUGCUCCGAGUGCGGCAAAUCCUUCGCAAACAACUCACACCUGGUCCGACACCAACGAGUCCACUCUGGUGACAAGCCGUAUUCCUGUCCCGACUGCGGGAGGAGCUUCGCCAACAGCUCCCACCUUGUACGCCACCAGCGGGUCCACACUGGGGACAAGCCUUACUCCUGCCUGCAGUGCGGGCGCUGCUUCUCCAACAACUCCCACCUCGUCAUCCACCAGCGGGUCCACACGGGCGACAAGCCCUACUCCUGCGACGAGUGCGGCAAAAGCUUCGGCACCAAACAGAACAUGGACCGCCACAAGAGGAUCCACACGGGGGAGAAGCCCUUCGCCUGUGCCAUCUGCAAAAGGAGCUUCGCCCAUAAGUCGGCCAUGAUCAAACACGAGCGGAUCCACACAGGGGAGCGGCCGUACACCUGCGGCGAGUGCGGGAAGGGCUUUGUGGCCAAGUCCGAGUUGGUAAAACACGAGAGGACCCACACGGGGGAGAAGCCAUACGAGUGCACCGAGUGCGGGAAACGUUUCAGCCGCAACUACGAACUCGGCCUUCACAAGAAGAUUCACACGGGGGAGAAGCCUCACUGUUGUCCUCAGUGCGGAAAAUGGUUCCUGAGGAAGUACGAGUUCAUCCUUCAUGAGAGGACCCACACAGGGGAGACGCCAUAUUGCUGCUCCAUAUGCGGGAAUGGAUUCAGCCACCGGACUAAUUUCAGCCGCCACUUGAGCACUCACACAUCUUAUAACCCUUAACACAAAGUCUACAUACUUCAUGCCAAAUUUGGCUGCAGUGCAACCUGGUGGUGAAAACCGGAACUGCGACGUGACUAUAUCAAUACGAGCAAUGAUGUAUGUGGACAGUUCCUUGUUCUAUCUGUAGAGGACAGCAGAAUGUUCUGAUAUCGGUAAUAAGGAGAGGACACUAGACUCGUUUUCCUUAAAUCCCUCCCUAAAUAAAUUUAAAGCUACAACGUUUUCGGGUUUUGAAAAGUAGAGUAGGGUUAGAACCCUGUCAGGUUUAUUUUUUUAGCCUAUUGCAGAAAUUAUGCUUUCACUUCUUGUCCUGGAGACACAACAGGAAGUAAAAGGAUAUGUCGCCAAAGGGAGGAGAAAUACCAACAGGUGUCCCCCAAUGGGAGAUUUCUCUUUACUUCCUGUUCUGAUGACGGCUACAACGUUUUAGAUUUUCAUCACUUUUUGUUAUGUCAACACAACAGGAAGUGAGAGCGAAAGCCGACAUAUUUGUGCCUUUUCUUUAUAUCCAUGACUCUACAACAAAGAUUGAAGUCAGGUAAUAAAGGAGGCACCCACAA